UUUCCUUUCUGCUCCUGCAUCCUGAGUAACUAGGCUCUUCCUUCCUGCAUCCCGAAUAACUAGGCUCUUCCUUCCUGCAUCCCACGCUCGGAUUCUCUAAUCUCAUUUGGCCGGUCUGUUCCUUCUAGAGCAUCUUCUUCUGCUAAUUGCGCUUCGCGUCGCGCACCAGCGGUGGCGGCGAUUAACUCACCGUCAUGGAACCUGUCCACGUAGACGUAGUACCUGCUACGCGCACCAGCAGCGGCGGCGUGGCGGGCGGCGGAGAUCUUGAGGCGGAGCUGGCGGCGAUCGGCGCGCAGCUGGAGGCGGUGGCGGCGGUGCGCGACGACCUGCGCGCGGCGGUGCAGCGGAUGGACGCGCUGACGCGGCAGCUGCAGUCGGACUUGCUGGGCGUGCACCGCCGGCAGGAGGGCGCAGUGCAGCAGGCGGUGCAGAAGGCGAAGGAGAGUCUCCCAGCGCUGCAAGCCGCGUACGCUGAGCUGGCAGCAAUCAUUGCUCGCCGUCCAGGCGAGUUCUACAGGUUCUCCGACCACUGGCGCAGCCAGAACCACACGGUGGUCUCACAGCUGGCGUUCGCCCAUUGGCUGGACACAGGCUUGCUUCUUACACACAGGCAGCUCGAUGAACAGCUACAGUUGUCCGCCUCAGCAUUCAGCAUUGACCUAGAGGAUUACCUCACCGGCCUCUGUGGUCUCUCCAAUGAAUUCCCUCGCUUUGUGAUGAACCGCGUGACAGCAGGGGACUACGCGUGUCCGCGUGUGGUGGCGUCGUUUCUCAGCGACCUCUUUGCAGCUUUCCGCAAGCUCAACCUGCGCAACGACAUGCUGAGGAAGCGCUUCGACGGCAUCAAGUACGAUCUAAAGAAGGUCGAAGAGGUGGUGUAUGACGUGGAGAUAAGGGGUCUCGCGAAGCCAGCAGCAGGGCCGAUGGAGGAAGCUUAGCCGCCAUAGACUGCAUGCGUAGGGGGAGGAGGUGGUGUAUGGCGUGGAGAUUAGGGGUCUCGCCAAGCCAGCAGCAGAGCCCAUGCAAGACACCUAGUGGCCACUUGGCAGACACUGAAUGCGGCCUUGCACGGAGUGCCGAUGCGAGGUGGAGAAGGUGGUGCAUGGCACUGAAAUACGGGGCCUUGCCAAGUCAGCAGCAGGGGCGUUGAUGGGAGAAGCUACGCCCUGGGAUGGGCGUCUAAACAUUCCCAUGGGCGCGUGUAUACUAUUGGUUUCUUAGAGCUUUUGCUGGUGAUGGUGGACGAUGGGGAAUCAAGGGGCUUCCUCACAGGGAAGUUCAUGUAGGUAACAUUCAAUAAGUGUACAGCCUUACAAAGAAGAUUGAUGGUUAGGUAUAAUGGUACUGUGGUACGGUAUAUUGCAAAAAU